CGCAGUCGUUUAACGAUCUAUAAAUAUGUGUAAAAUUUUCUCAAGGCGGCUAAGGAGCACUCGCGGCAAUGGCCAGCGAAAUGGAAGAGUUGCUGGACUUUCUAUCUUCUCCAUCUUCUACAUUGAAGAAGGCAGCUGUUGAUAUUGUUCGGGGAUUAACCGGCUCUGAGGAUGGCCUGCAAUCCCUUUCCCAGUAUGCCAAGAUAGCAUUGCCAGCCUUGUCUCGGCUUUUGAGUGAAAAUAAGGAAGUUUCAGAACCAGCGGCUGAAGCACUUGUAAAUCUAUCCCAGAAUUCUCAAUUAGCUGCAAAAAUGGUUCAAAUGGGUAUGAUUAAAACAAUCAUGGAUUUUUUACAUAAACCAGACUUAAGUAUUACACGAUUGCUGGUUAUGCUUUUAGUUAAUCUCACACAGUUGGAUGAUGGCAUCACUUCCUUGCUUCAGACUGACGAUGACCGUUUGCAAGGAUUGUAUCUUAUGAAGCUUGUAAGAUCUUUCUGUAGAUCUCCCACUGAAACUACUGAUGAUCAAUUUGAACAUGUUGGUUCCAUACUGAUUAAUAUUUCAAAGAAAGAAGCAGGAAGGAAGAUUUUGUUGGACCAAAAACGAGGACUGUUGAAGCAGAUUAUUAGACAAUUUGAUUCAACUAGUUCAUUGCGGAAGACAGGGGUUUCCGGAACCAUUCGGAAUUGUUGUUUUGAAGCUGAGCAUCAAUUGCAGAAUCUGCUUCUGAUUUCUGAAUUUCUUUGGCCAGCUCUACUACUUCCAGUUGCUGGCAACAAAAUAUUUAGCGAACAGGACAUAUCAAAGAUGCCACUUGAGCUUGGAAGUGCUCUCAGGAUUGAGCGUGAACCAGUUGAUGAUCCUGAAAUUCGUGUUCAAGCACUGGAGUCUAUUUACCUACUUACAUUGCAGGAUGCAGGUCGGAGAGCGUUUUGGUCUGUAAAUGGACCAAGAAUAUUACAAGUUGGGUAUGAGAAUGAGGAAGAUCCAAAAGUUAUGGAAGCAUAUGAACUAGUUGGCUCCUUGCUAGUCCACGGCGGUGCAACAGAAGAACCAUCAACGGAGACACCAAAGUAGAAUUAAUUGUGAGUCUCAAGGACCAACGUAUGGUUGUGCGACUCCGGAUCAUUAUUUAUAGGUUGUUUUGUACUAAAACAGUGUUCCUGAAAUGUCUGCAAUUUCCCAAGUAUUUUUACUGGGAAUUUUGGUUUGUGCUAUUGUGGUGAGCAGCAUUGGCAUGCAUAUUAUUAUUUUUUGGUAUUAAUAAUUUAAAUGGAUGUGGUUGUCUUGUUAACACCGUAAUCAAGUGAUCAUUGGACUGUCA